AUGUCAACAACAGAUCCGUUGAAUACAACAAGUUUAGCUGAUACUAGUUUCAAAGAAUUGAUCGACCUUGAAAUUAUCAUAUUAAAUUGGGCCAAACAAAUUUUUGAUGUUACCAAAACUAAGACAGAAGCUAAAAUCAACAAAAAAUUUCUUCAGUAUAAUAUCAAUUGGUCCCAUUUGUUCAAUGAAUCAUUGGAGCCAACAUAUACAAUUGGUAGUACAAAUGCAAAAAAUGUUCAUGAGACAAAAGAUGAGCAGUGCUUAUUUAAAUCAACGUUUACCAAUACAACUGAACGUGAACAAGAAUAUUCUUUUAAAACAGAACGUUCAACACGUAGUGCAGCAACAGUAAUUAUUGAGAAAGGUGUAUGUCGUGGAAUUGAAAUGUCAUUGAAAUUAAAAACACCAGGUGAAGUAGUAGAAGCAAAUGCUGGAUUUAAUAGUGAAUUAACGGUGAUAAAUAUUGGUGAGAAUACAAUUGAGGAAGAACUCACAUGGGGUGUUGAUAGUACCAUUCGAGUACCACCAUUCUGUGAAACAACCGCUGAACUAAUCAUUUUGGAAGAUCAUCAAACUAGGAAAUUUUCAAUCGAAAGUCGUAUGUCAGGCAGAAUUAUUGUUACAGUGACAAAUAUAAAGGACAAUAAUAGUUUGAUAACAAUAAUUGAGGGUAAAAUUGCCGAUAUCAUACGUAAUAUAACAAAUUAUUCUUCAUUGGGCUUCACAAUACAAAAUGAUGUUGUUUUAUAUACGACGAAAGGAACGUGCAAAUUUAAAUAUGGUAUAGAGCAAAAAGUCAAAAUAACGGAACAUCCUAUACGUAAAUACUGA